CUGCGUCUUCGUCCCUGGACCCGGGAGGACACCUCACUGCGUCUUCGUCCCUGGACCCGGGAGGACACCUCACUGCGUCUUCGUCCCUGGACCCGGGAGGACACCUCACUGCGUCUUCGUCCCUGGACCCGGGAGGACACCUCAGUGGGUCCGCGUCCCGCCAGCAGAGGGAUGUGGAGGGUCACUCUCCCGGCGCUCGGGGUUCUGCUGCUGGCCUGGUUCUACGGGAACUUGGUUCUCGGUUGGUUCCAACACAAUCAGGUCGAGACCCCGACCCGGAGCAGCGAGCCCCGGAGCGGAGCCGCCGGCAGCCCGGAGCAGAGCUGCUUCUGCCAUCUCACGGGCGUUCUGGACGACUGCUUCUGUGACGUGGAAAGCAUCGACGUCUUCAACAACUUCAAGAUUUACCCUCGAAUCAAGAAGCUGACGGAGAGAGACUACUUCAGAUACUACAGGGUGAACCUGAGGCGGCCGUGUCCUUUCUGGCCCGAUGACGGACACUGUUCAAUCAAAGACUGUCACGUGGAGCCCUGUCCUGAGAGUAAGAUCCCCUUCGGCAUCAAGUCUGGGAACUACAACAAGUACUCCCCGGCAGCGACCACGAGGUUGGACCUGACGGACUGUGAGCAGGCCAUCGAGCUGGGAGCCAUCAACAGCACCCUCAGUAACCGGAGUAAGGAGGCGUUUGCUGACUGGGCGAGACACGACGACGCUCAGGACCAGUUCUGUGAGCUGGAUGAUGAAACGUCUCCAGAUGCUGAGUACGUUGAUCUGCUGCUGAAUCCAGAGAAAUUCACUGGAUAUAAAGGUCCUUCAGCCUGGAGAGUGUGGAACAGCAUCUACGAGGAGAACUGCUUCAAGCCCAGAUCCGUGUACCGACCUCUGAACCCUCUGGCUCCGAGCAGAGGAGAUGACGACGGAGAAGGUUUCUACACGUGGCUCGAAGGUCUGUGUCUGGAGAAGAGAGUUUUCUACCGUCUGAUCUCCGGCCUCCACAGCAGCAUCAACAUCCACCUGUGUGCCGAGUACCUGCUGGACGAGCGCUGGGGCCGCUCGGUGUGGGGCCCGAACCUCCAGGAGUUCCGGCAGCGCUUCGACAUGGCGGAGACGAAGGGCGAGGGCACGCGGCGCCUGAAGAACCUCUACUUCCUGUACCUGAUAGAGCUGCGGGCGCUCUACAAGGUGGCUCCGUACUUUGAGCGGGCCUUCGUCAACCUGUACACGGGGAACACGCAGGAGGACGCAGCCACCAAGGAGCUGCUGCUGCAGGUCUUCAACGAGAUCAGAACGUUCCCGAUGCACUUUGACGAGAAGUCCAUGUUUGCCGGACACAAGAUCGAAGCGAAGACACUGAAGGAGGAGUUCCGCCUCCACUUCAAAAACAUCUCCAGGAUCAUGGACUGUGUCGGCUGCAGCAAGUGUCGAGUGUGGGGGAAGCUCCAGACGGAGGGUCUGGGCACCGCCCUGAAGAUCCUCUUCUCGGAGCAGGAGAUCCAGCAGCUUCCUGAACACAGUCCUUCUAAAGGCUUCCAGUUGACUCGCCAGGAGAUCGUGGCUUUGAUCAACGGCUUCUGCAGGCUGUCCACCAGUAUACAGCAGCUCCGCAGCUUCCGCCAGCUGAUGGAGAACAGGUAACAGGAGGUCCACCGGGACACUAGGUGGCGCCAGCCCCAGAGAACUGCAAGAUUCUAACCUUCAGCUUUUUCUAUGGACGUCAGGAUCAAAUCUCAGUUUCCCUCUGAAACCUCCUCCUCCUGCUCCUCCCCCCUCCCCCCCCUCCUCCUCCUCCUCCUCCUCAGACAUGUUUUUUUUCUUUGUCGUCCAGUGAAAAAAUGAAGUCUGUUAGUUUCAUUCAAUUUAUUUCUGAGAAUGUGAUUGGUGAUGAAAAUUUGACGUCCUGAAGAGAAUCAUCGUAAUCCGACAUCUGGGAGGAAAUGAUGUAGCAGAGACGGCUGCACGAUGAAGACGAUGAAGACGAUGAAGACGAUGAAGACCUCCUGGACACAGGGUAGACAGUGCUGUCGGAGGGAAACCUUCCUCUUCCUCUGCUGACAUCACAUCCUGUUAGAUUCUUGAACUCGCUGCUCUGUAACUUCGCUGAAAGACUUCAACAUGGACGAAGUUCGUCCAGAUGAAACUGCUGCCUGGUUUUAUUUCCUCUUCCUCCUCGCUCACUGUUUCCAGUUGUUUUUAAGACGUGUGUGUGUCUCCUGUGUGUCCGUGUGUGCGUACAGCUUCAGCUAAAACAUUCUAGAACUUCUCGAUUCCAUGGUUAAAUAAUAUAUAAUUUAUUACCAGUAGAAUAAGAAAUUAUUCUCUCUCUCUCUCUAUAAGAAAUUAUUCUCUCUCUCUGUCUCUCUCUCCCUCUCUCUCUCACCCUGUGUCUCUCUCUCUCUCUCUCCCUCUCUCUCUCCCUCUCUCUCUCCCCCUGUGUCUCUCUCUCUCUCUCGCUCUCGCUCUCUCUCUCUCGCUCUCUCUCUCUCCCUCUCUCCCUCUCUCUCUCACCCUGUGUCUCUCUCUCUCUCUCUCCCUCUCUCUCUCUCCCUCUCUCUCUCCCCCUGUGUCUCUCUCUCGCUCUCGCUCUCUCUCUCUCUCCCUCUCUCUCACCCUGUGUCUCUCUCUCUCUCUCUCUCGCUCGCUCUCUCUCCCUCUCUCUCUCACCCUGUGUCUCUCUCGCUCUCUCUCUCUCUCUCUGUCUCUCUCUCUGUCUCUCUGUGUGUGUCUGUCCAUGGACACGUAUGUCGGCCUCGACACUAUUUAAACAUUAGUUCUCAAAGUAUUUAUUCACGAACCCUAAAUCCUGCUUUUGGGUUAUAGUCUUGCGUUCAGAACUUUUCCAACUUGUCCAACAAGCAACAAAGUGUGAGACACGUUGAGUCUGUGACGACACCUGUCAAUCAAAGCUCAAACACAAUGGCCUUGUUUUCAGAGGCAAGCGGAGACGUGGAGGACCGAUCUGAGGUCUGAUCACGAUCUGCGUCUUUCUGGAUUAACGCUUAUUGGUUUGUUUGCUGUGAUGAUAAAGUUAUAAUAGAAAAUGGACCAAAGAAUUUAAAGUUGCCUACAUUUAAUUGGUUGUUUGUUUCUGAUGCUCUGGAAGUUCAUCUUUUAUUUUAUUGUUCCACGAGUCUCAACAUUACAAUAAGUUAAAUCUCCACUAAGGUAAAAAACAUCAUAUCAGCUUCUGUUUGGCCUUAACUGCUUUAAUGUUCUUUAAUGUGUAAGAAACCUUUGAUUAAACUUUAAGAUCAAAUUAUUUGAAUAUUCCCUUUUUGUCAGAAAUAGAAAUAAGUUGUGAAAGUUUGUUUCCUGUUUCAGUACGAGUGUGCAGUUCUCCCAUCCUCCUGCAGAGGGAGACAUUCGUUCCUCCUGUUAUUGAUAAAAAUAAAAACAAGGAAACAAACUCA